AUGUGUUUGUCAGUGGAAGUUUGCUGUUUCUGCGUGACUCUGGAGGCGGGAAGUAAAAUUGUGGCCGUAGUGAAUUUGGUUUUGGCAGCGUUGAUAUCGCUGACGUACGGGUCCACAGCCGCCACCCUCAGUUACCUGCCGUCCUCCCGACGUAUCUUCUAUGGGCUCGUUUGCGCCGCUGCAGUCGGCCAGCUACUCCUCGGCAGCACCAUGACCUACGGAGCAUUUAGGAGAAAGCCGAGGCUCCUCUGGAUUUGGGUGCGUGUGGCGUGGCUGUCGAGCCUUGUUUUCGUGGCGAUGGCGAUCUUGGGCUCUGUGGUUUUGACCAUGGACACGAGCACCGCCGACUCAUCGGAAGUCAGCACUAUGGCGUCCGCUUAUUUAAUAUACGGAGCGGGUUUGUAUUAUUCUGCGUCGGUGGUGAACAGCAGAAGGUUGGAGAUAGUCCGGGAAGAUCAAAAUGAGGCGGCCUCACGAUUGAUGAGGCAGCAGAACACUCCCAAGAGUCUCCUUGCGUUUGAAGAUAUCGUU